GGGGUCAGGUCAGGCUGUGGCCUUGGAUGCUCCUUCUGUCCCAUCCACAAACUCAACUUGGCACCUCCUGGGGCUGAGACUGGCACCCGACCCUCUCCUGCAGUGGAGGCCCCUGUAUGUCCUGGGGUCAGGUGGACAGAGCUGUGCACCAUAGAGCAGAAGGGUUCCAUGGAUGGGACCAGGGCUUCCAGGCAGGACUCUGGCCUCCAGGCCUCCAGGCCACAAGCUUCAAGCCGGCCGCUUCCAGGCCCAGGGCUUCUGGCUGGGCAGCCUCCCUGGAUGUCGUCCACUCAGGGCCCCAUCAGACACACUCUGUGGAAAGGAGGUCGCAGCUCCUUUCUGUGCUUCCGCUGCCACCCGCUGAUCUCAGCUGUUAUCUUGACACAGAGAAAAGUCAAACUGCAGCCUGUCCCAGCUUAUCUCUGGGUUAUUUCCGCAAAGAUCUACGCUUGGGCUCUCCUCCUCCAGCCUUGAGGGUGCUGUGCCUCCUUGUCCCCUUGAAGGAGCAGGUGCUUGGAUGUUGGAAUGGUUUUGGCUGGCAGACUGUGGGCAGGGGUGGCCCAUACCGGGUCCCCAGCUCUCCCCCGCCAGCCUCAGCAGCUGUGGACUCUGCAGGUGCUCUGGAGGUGCAGCUGCCUGGAGGGUCCCUGGCCCAUAGGACGUUGUCUUGGACAGUUGGGGGAUGUUUGUUCCUGCAGCGUAGCCUCUCUCGUGCCGGCUAA